UAGGCUGGCUGAGGCAGGGGGCGCAGCAGAGGGUGUUUUUCUUCUGCCGUGUCAGUUUUCAACUCUCUGUCACAGCCCUUGUGUUUGCGCGUAAAAGCAGAACCGCUGGAGUUUCAAUGAAGAGCUACAGACGGGGCUUAUGGUCUGAUUGAUCCAGAAUUCCCAACAUGGCUUCAGUGGGUCACAUGGAUCUGCACCAGGUAUUGAGAGGGAAGACUUCCAUUUCUUCACAGAUUCAAGAUUCUAUUGUGAGGAUGCCUGCGCUUGGAGAGGAUACACCAGUAUAAAAAGCAGAAACGCUUCAACAUUAGGCUACAGUGUCCAACACUGUGGAACGAGUCGCCAUGCUAGAAGUCAGGAUUUGGUCCAUCAGACUAUCUGUUCAGCUGCUGCUUUGGUCACAACUCCUGGACAGUCAACAAACAGCAGAUCACAGGAAGGUGCCUCAGAGGACAGAGUCUCAACAGGAGUUCAGGUCAGAGUAUGGGGAAAUUCAGGGAGCCUGGGGCACCUGGGGUGCCUGGUCAACCUGCUCCCGGACAUGUGGGAAAGGGGUACAAGAACAGACGAGGCCCUGUCUGUCUGUGUACACUCAAUACCCCUCCAGAGGAGCUGCCUUUCAGCCCCAGCAGCCAGGCCAUGUCAUUUCAGCUUUGAAACCUGCUGCUGCUCCACGCCACAGUGGUGUCAGAGCCUUCAACAACAGCAGCAGCAGGGGAGAGCUGAGGAGGGAGAAGCAGAGCAGGCCAGGCGAACGCAGCUCUGCAGGAAACCUGUCCUGGGACACUGUAUACAGGACAUGGAAGGUCACCCACAUUGUCCCAGGGAAGUACGGCUAUGGACGAGCACCUCAUGUGGCUCCACUGUUAGUGGAUUCAGGCAGAGGCUCAGCUUCUCCUCGCCUCCACAGACAAAAACGCUCUCCUGCUGCUAACUCCCUCCAGGCCUUUCCUAGAGGGCACACCAACCCCAGAUCACACAAACUGGAUGCCUCCAACAACCUCCAUCGCUUUACCAGGCCAUAUGUGCAUCCCAGGACUCAACAUCCAAGGAAUAACCAACUCUGGACUUCCCUUUACCAGCCUGUAUCCUCUAACCAGGCUGAGGUCCAGACUGGGAGUCACACCUCCAGCCACCAGCUGCACAAGGAGAGACCUUACAACCCAUUGCCUUCAUCCUUCUGUACAGGGGAGCAUGCUCACUACAGGAUCUGCAACAGUAAUGAUUGUCCUCCAUCCAGCAAAGACAUCAGAGCGGUUCAGUGUUCUUCCUACAACAACCAGCCUUUCAUGGGCAGACUCUAUAAAUGGGAACCUUUUAAUGAAGUUUCUGGGGGGCAGCAUUGUGAGCUAAACUGCCGGGCCACUGGGUUCAGAUUCUACGUGCGACAGUCAGACAGGGUGAUUGAUGGCACACCGUGUGGACAGAAUGAAACAAAUCUUUGUGUGGCGGGACGAUGCGCGAGCCUUGGGUGCGAUGAGUAUCUUGGAUCUGGGAAGGUGGUUGACAAAUGUGGCGUGUGCGGAGGUGACAACUCAACCUGCAGGCUGGUCUCAGGAGUGUUCAAACACAGCUUGUCCAAGAUUGGCUACCACAAGAUCGUGGAGAUCCCAGAGGGAGCCACAAGGAUCAACGUGACGGAGAUGGUGAAGAGCAGAAACUACUUGGCUCUGCGAAGCCGUUCAGGGAGAUCCAUUAUAAAUGGAAACUGGGCUAUCGACCGACCGGGGAAAUAUGAGGGUGGAGGUACCAUGUUCACCUACCGCAGACCCAAUGAGAUCAGCAGUACAGCUGGGGAAUCCUUUCUUGCUGAGGGCCCCACCAAUGAAAUUCUGGAUGUUUAUAUGAUCUUUCAACAACCAAACCCUGGGGUUCACUACGAGUACAUUCUCCCCUCUGAGAAAACCGUCAAGCCUCAGCAACCAACACAAACAGCAGAAGAAUCUGCGAGAGGAGAGGAUGAGUAUACGCAGCAGAUCCACACGCAGCAGGAGAACUUCAACUCUGCAGGUGGGGGAAGAUAUCACCCACAUCUUCCUGACAACCAGGUACCUGCUGUGGUUCCUCCAAGACGUGAUAGGGAGUACAACUGGAAACUGACUGGUACCACAGAAUGCAGCUCCUCCUGUGGAAAAGGUUUCAGAAAUUCAAUCUUCCGCUGCGUCCACCGGCUGAAUCACGUCGAGGUGUCAGAUGCUUUUUGUGAAAGCAGCAGCCGCCCAGGUCCACAGGAGGAGGCCUGCAACUUGCAGCCCUGCCCAGCAUUUUGGGAUAUCGGAGAGUGGUCAGAGUGCAGCAAGACCUGUGGACUGGGCAUGCAGCACCGGCAGGUUCUGUGCCGCCAAGUCUAUGCCAAUCGCACCCUCAACGUCCACAUGAGCCGCUGUCAACACCUCGAGCGACCCGAAACGGCCAGUACCUGCCAGCUCAAGAUCUGCAGUGAGUGGCAGAUCCGCUCUGAGUGGACAUCUUGUUCGGUGCCAUGCGGGGUGGGUCAGAGGUCAAGAGAGGUGCGCUGUGUCAGCAACGUGGGUGACUUCGUUCCUGAUGAGGAGUGCAACAUGAACCUGCGACCCACCAACGUAGAGAACUGCGACAUGGGAGCCUGUGCCAAGAGCUGGUUCUACACUGAGUGGGGAAACAGGUGUUCCGCUGAAUGCGGGAUGGGUGUCCGAACCCGCAGCAUUCUUUGCCUGACCAACCACAUCAGCAGCCUCCCUCUGGAGGGGUGUGGCAGCGAGCGGCCUGCAGACUCCCAGGUCUGCAACAACGGUCCCUGUGACAAUCGAAUCGAGUGGUUCACAGGUCCUUGGAGCCAGUGCUCUGCAGAAUGUGGCACAGGCAGUCAGCAGAGGUCAGUGGUGUGCCUGAUAAAGUCUGAUGAAGGAUUUACCGUCAUGCCACCCUAUGAAUGCUCAUCCUUGGACCGACCACUCAGUCAGCAGAGCUGCAACAUUAAGACCUGUGGGGCGAAGUGGUACCACACUGACUGGAGUGCGUGUUCAAAAACAUGUGAAGGAGGUUUCCGCGUUCGGGAGGUGCGCUGUCUGUCAGACGACAUGCUGUCCUCUGAGGCCUGUGAUGAGCAGCUGAGACCAGCGGACAGGGAGGACUGCAGCCCUGAGCCCUGCAUACCUCAGAUAGACCUGAACUGCAGAGACAAGUACUACAACUGCAACGUGGUGGUCCAGGCUCGCCUCUGUGUUUACGAUUAUUACAAAACAGCAUGCUGUGCAUCAUGUUCACGCAUUGCACACAAACAGAAAGUACACCGAGGUCACAGCUAGCACCGACUUCCUGACGAUCCUAAUUCACACCCACUAAAGGCUCUCUGACCCUGAGCCUACCUGGACAGACAUACAUACAGACAGGACCUUUUCCAGAAAGGACCCUCGUUAAUGUUAAGAGGGAUGAAAACUUGAGAAGGACCAUUUGUGUUGGAUCUUUUACAGGUUGCUGUUGGGGAACAAAAAAGGCUACAAAUCAUGUGUGACAUGAAUCUAGGUGCUGGAAAUAAGGAACGUUAUCCGGAUCAACGAGAGCCACAACAAACAGAGGAAUCAGAAAAACUUGUUGGUUUCUUGUUCCUCAGUUUGAGAUGAACCGUCUGGCUCUUGUGCAUCACUUUGUCCAGAGGAGACUGCCAGUAAACCCUCUGUGGAGGAUAUAUUCUAACAAAGUGGAAACUGUCCAGCAUAUAAUAAGCGGUUUCACAUCCAGCCUCACUAACAUCGGUUCAUUAAACUGAGCUCAGCACAAAAACAUUCCUUUCAUAAACAAAUUCUGUGCAUUAAACCCUCCGUGGGGCUAACGACGUGUCCGUUCCUACACUGCCCUGAGAUGUAAAAGCAACUUUUGUAAUAUAAUUAUCUGUAUAUGUGUUUGUGUAUAACAACGUUUGAUAAUUUUUUUGUUUUUUUUAAUGGUUCUCUGACCCUCCCACGUAACCUAAAAGGAGGGGGGAGUCCUCUUUAUUUAUGUAUGUGACUCUCCAGGGUGGAUGCUACUUUAUCGGCCACUGGUGGUUUCUUUUCAGCUGUUCUGCCUCUAAGCCAAUCACAGCCUCUGAACUGGAUGUGGGCGUCCCUCUGCUGGAUGGCAGAACCAGAUGCUCCAAACACUGGUGAUUUUUGACAAAUUGAAAACAUGAUAUUUUUUUUUCUUCCCUGUGGGUCAUAAACAAUAAUUGAAAAUGUACACACAACUUUUAAAAUAUUAUUAAUGCUUUAUUGAUAUAGCUGCAUUGUACAGAUGGCUUGAUUUGAUAUGUCUGUGGUUCAUAAAUUUCUGUUUAUAAUUUAGCUCUUUUUACCUUAACAAUGUUGUUUAUAAACUUUCUCAUGUAGUACCUCACAAGUGUUGAGCAUUGUUAUUACUAAUCCCCUCUCAAUUUACCUCUGGCUACUGAUUAGAGGUAUUUCAAUAGUUGAGAUUAUAAUUAAGACGUUACACACAAUUUCAGACCUUCAUUUCUGUGAAUGAGACCCAAAAAAGGUUUGUCUGCAUUUUAGAUCUUCUUCAGCUUAACAAUACUCCACUGAUUCUCUAUUGGGUUUUGGUCAAGCUGGUUUGCUGGCUAGUCUAGGACAGAAAUACUGUUAUUAAACCAGAUAUCUGCACUUUUGUCAGUAUGGAUAAGUGCCAUGUUCAAUUCCUUUCGAGCAAAGGAAAUGAACAUUUCCCUAAAAGUUGUUGAGAAAAUUCUGAACAGCUGCACUGACUUCGGACUCGAUGAACCAGUGAACUCCAGACACGACUCUUUAAAUCUUCACUAACUUUACACUGAACCCUAAUCAAGUUGUACUCUGUGCAUCUCCACUUUUCUUCUAAUCUCUGGAUUUCUAAAUGAAAUGCUAAGAUUAUAUUAAUCUGAAAAUCUGAAAAGAUCAUACCUUGAUGUAUGUGAUUCCAGAUGGGUUAAAGCAAAGAAUGCAGCAGCUGUAGUUUAUGUCCUGGACAUGUCUAUGUGUGGUGGAUCAUGAAGCACUGACUCCAGCUGCAGGCCACACUUUGUAAAUCAAUCCCAACUCUUGAAUAUUUUUUGUUAUCCCAGCCUGGGUGAACUAAUUUUCUCUCUAAAAUAAGCCAUGGGAGGAUGCAAAUUGUUCAUUGAUCCUCACCUUUACCCUGUUCUCCGUCUCACCAAAGGAGAAGCUUGUGUAUGCAUCUGUGUGAAUAACAGCAGAAAAAAAGAACGGUUUCAGAUUCAGCAUGCCAUCAAUAGAUUUGGUUUGUUAUCAUAAAAACUCAAAUAUAUGAAUUAAUUCAACCAUUUGUUCUUUUUGGGGAAAAAAGUCAAGUAAAUGUGAAAAAAAACCCACAAUCUAUUCUCUAUUCUUUUUUUUUGUUUACCUUUGAGGAUGUAAUUUACAUAGACUAUGUUUAAAAACGUGAAAGCUAUAGGUGGUAUGGGACUCAUAAACCUUUUCUAAGAAGAUUGCACUUUUCUGAUGGUGGUUGUUGGUGGAUUUCACAUUUUUGGUGAAGAUUUCCCUCAUUUUCUACAAACAGACUCUGUGAAUCGGUCUAGUGGCGGCUUGUUGCUGCCCCAAACGGGUCAGAUGUUCAAACUGAGCGCUCAUCUCCUGUUUAAAUGACAAAUUGUGGCAUGUGGGUUCUUAAAUUUAUUUAUCUUUUUCUAGUUUGACCUAUGUUUAACCAUUGGCAGGUGCAAUUUUCUAGUCAAUAUGUGCUAUCAUCUGAAAGCAAUCUUUCCUUUUGAAACACGAUGUUCUCCUUUCAUGGCUACACUUUUUCUCAAAAACAUGCUAAACAAUAACUUAAAAAAUGAAAACCUCAUGGAUUUGACAUAGUAGAAACUUUAGUAGUUAUACUAAGACAUUAACACAGUUUACAUUUAUUUAAACUGUGUUUAAAUAAGCACAGUUUAUUUAAAGGCAAGUGAAAGAUUUGGAUUAAUAUGUAAAAAUGCUUCACACAUCCAUGAAGCUACAGGUUGCUGCAUGUUUGUCUUCAAUACAUUUUGUCCUAGAGUUGCAGGUCACUUACCUUGUAAUCCUCAACAAAUUUGUCGAGAGCCAGUGGGAGUUUGGAGUUUAUUAUCAAUCCAAGAGGAAAUUAUAUUAAAUAAUUUCUGUUUUUCAUUGAAAGCAAAGACUUAACUAUAUUACUUUAGAGCCAUCUAGUGGAUAAAGUUUGCACCAACAUGCAGGACUCCUGAUUUACCUCCUGUGUGAGCAAUGCUCCAACCUAACAUGUUUCAUAUUUUAGUAAAGGUUUGAAUAUUUUUUAUGUAGCUAAUCAGAAGGAGCAGAAUAAUGAACUGAAGUUCUUUAACCACUGAACUCAUUUUUAAAAUUUUAAUGGUUGCAUGUUGAAUGAUAAAUGUUGAUAGCAUGUCAAACGCUACUGGAAUUCAUUCUUAGUUUUGACCAAAAAAUACAUACAUUCUUGAGUGUAAACAGCUGUUGUUUCAUGUUGUAACAAGAAAAUACUUUAAUUCAGGUCCCUUUUCAUGCCAACGUCUGUUUUUUUGAUGGUGGAAUGCUUAAGCAAUGAACAAACAUGAACAGAAGCUUUUGUUUUCAGUUUUGGUAAACUUUCCUAACUAUUUUAAAGAUAUUCUUAUGUCCUGUUUUUUUUUUUUCUUUCUUUCUUUUACAAUCUUGAUCCAGGCCUCACUUAUUUUUGGUUGCAUGCUGUACAAUAGGAAAUGCCAAAAUGGUUUGAAAAGUUAUUAACAUAUAUUUUAAUAACUUUUUUACUAACAGAAAUUUGUAUUUAAAUUUGCUCCUCUUUUUUAGGCUUUUGAGGUUUGUAUCUAUCAGCGUUCCAUUACUAGAAACUGAGUUUUUGUUGAUUGUGCUUUUUCAAAGUAGUUCAAAUUCAGUCAUUCUGGGUGGAGAGGGUUUGUGAAAAGUUCCCAGACAUGCAUUUAUUUUAAAUCUCAAAUAUUCCAUUUUAACACUUUGUAUUUGUUUGUCAUGUUCAAAGAGAAACCGCAACUGCAGUUACAAGCCUUUUGCAGCUUUUAACGGGUUUUCUUUCAGUAAUUGCUGACAUUUAGCUUCACCCAAAUUACCCUAAAUCCUGAAAAGCUUCCAUGUGUCUGAUGAAAAAUAGUAUUCCAGCAGCAUUAUGUUGGAGUGUUAGGAGCCUCUAAAGUGCUACUUUUGUUAGUUUAUUUAAGGGUCCCCAUUAGUUUCUACUUUUCUUCCCAGGAUGCAUGCCUCAAAUAUUGCAAUAACAUCACGCUUUUAGAAAAAAGACAAUAAAAUAUAUUUUUAUAAGGUGCUUUUUAAUCUGUAAUUAAUGUAAUUAGAGAAGCCAACAUGCUCCAGUACUAAAAAGCUCUAUACACAACUGUUUUUUUUUUUUUUUGAGAAUGUUAGCUGGAGGCAGAAGUACGGUAAUAUAAAAGUAACAAUAGAGGCUUGUCUAAUAUUAACAUGUCUAUUGUAGGGGGGGUGUCUUUUCUAUAUGUAAACUAAAAUAAUACUUUCUACUCAAACUGCAAGCAGGACUUCUUAUAGCCUUCUUUCAAAAACAGUUUUCCUCUUGCCACACGAGCUGUAUGCAAACUAAAAUGGAUUCCUGCAUGUGGAAAAGAGUAGCUGCAUGAAACACAGCACACAAUUUCCAGUGUUUCUGAUAAAAAAUCUUCUGUUUUAAACAAUUACUUAGAACUAACCAAAGAAAAAAAAAAGUUGAUCUGCAGAAUGUCGACAAAACUGAGAUGAUUCACAACUUUAUCUCUAAGUCUGUGUAACUUCAUCAGUGCUGCAGUUGGCAGUGUACAAAGCCCUUUGAGGUCAUAACUUACGCCCCUGUCCAAGUAGCAUGGCUUCCAGGCAGCUUUGGAACAAAAAGAACGGAUUUCCACAUCUAUGGCUCCGCAACAGUCAGACUUAGUCACUCCAAAGGCCAAGUGGAAGAAAGACUUUUGCACCAAAGUAAGAAUAGGACACUCUCUAGCACACCGCAGGGAAAUAGAAGACGGAUGUAAUCUAAGACUCAGCAGUAGUCAAAAAACUAUAACAAGAAGAAAAAGGGCAAUAAUCUCACUGUUAGUUUUGGAAUUGUGUCUUUAUAAAUAACCACAGACAGCCACAUGGCUGACUAGAAUAUGAAUGUGUGUGCAGUACUGCAGCCUCUGUUCUCCUCCUUUCAGCAACACCAUUGACUUUGGGACUAAAUCAUCUCAGUUCUCAGUAAAAGGCAGCUAACACCUUCAGGGUAUCAUUACCCAGUCAGUAGACUGGCCUGAAAUGACAUCAGGAUGGAAUAUCUCAGGAGAAUCGGAGUGAAACUGCAACAAAAGUGCUUAAAGAAUGAAAAAAAAAA